AUGGAGCCAGAAGCCUUAGAAAUCUGCCCGUACAAUCCUCACCACCGAGUCCCACUCAGCAGGUUCCAGUACCACCUGGCCUCGUGCAGGAGGAAGAACCCCAAGAGAGCCAAAAAGAUGGCCAGCUGCAAAUACAAUGCCUGCCACGUGGUCCCCAUCAAAGAACUGGAGCAGCACGAGGCUACUUGUGUCAACAGAAGCUCCGUGGAAGAAGAGGACAACUUGAGCCCUCUGAAAGUUGGUCUUCCAAGUUCGGAGCAGAAGGACGACGCCCUCCAGACCUCCCCCGGGCUUCCCAACCCUGACAUCUGGAAUGUCGAUGACGCUAACUGCUACCCCAUGUUUGUCCUUAAGACUUUUGUUCCCCAAAGGCUUGUUUGUGAAAGCGACAAAAGGGAGUCAGAGAGAAAGACCAGCCCCCAGAAGAUCCUCAGACCAGGAGAGUAA